AUGGAUAGGAGAAAUGACUACGGUUAUAGGAUGCCCCCGGUCCAGUUCAAGCAUCUGACUGGGCAUGAGAGAGGUGGCCGUAAUUACAGGUGGAAUCCAUGGGGCCAGAGGCCUCCGCCACCCCGAGAUGUGGCCAUUUUGCAAGAAAGGGCAAAUAAGUUGGUGAAAUACCUGUUGGUUAAGGACCAGACAAAGAUCCCCAUCAAGCGCUCAGACAUGCUGAAAGAUGUCAUCCAAGAAUAUGAUGAAUAUUUCCCAGAGAUCAUUGAACGAGCAAGCUACGCUCUGGAGAAGAUGUUUCGAGUCAAUCUGAAGGAAAUUGAUAAGCAAAGUAGCUUGUAUAUUCUCAUCAGCACUCAGGAAUCCUCCGCAGGCAUACUAGGAACGACCAAGGACACACCCAAACUAGGUCUUCUCAUGGUGAUUCUGAGUGUCAUUUUUAUGAAUGGCAACAAGGCCAAUGAGGCUGUCAUCUGGGAGGUGCUGCGCAAGUUGGGGCUGCGCCCUGGGGUGAGGCACUCGCUCUUUGGGGAAGUGAGGAAACUCAUCACAGACGAGUUUGUGAAGCAGAAGUACCUGGAGUACAAGAGGGUCCCCAACAGCAGACCACCUGAAUAUGAGUUCUUCUGGGGCUUGCGCUCCUACCAUGAGACUAGCAAGAUGAAAGUCCUCAAGUUUGCCUGCAAGGUACAGAAGAAAGACCCUAAGGAUUGGGCUGCUCAGUACCGGGAGGCAGUGGAGAUGGAAGUCCAGGCUCAGCUGUGGCUGUGGCUGAGGCUGAGGCCAGGGCUGAGUGGUAGCCUCAACAUCAGUGAUGGCUUUGGUGGUGGGCCUAAUACCAGCUUCGACGGAGGACUGAGUACCAUCAUUGGCUUUGGCAGUGGUUCCAACACCAGUAUUGGCUUUACUGGCGAACCCAGCACCAGCAUGGGCUUCAAUGGUGGACCCAGUUCUAUCGUUGGCUUCGGCGGUGGACUGAACACCGGUGCUGGCUUCAGCGGUGGACCGAGCAACGGUGCUCCCUUUGGUGGUGGAGCCACCAGCCUUGGUGCCUGUAGCUUCUCCUAUGGCUAG